AUGGGCUUUUUCACGAGCUGCUUCCGCGAGUCGUCGGCGAUCAUGCCAACGUCGCUCAUGCGCGACUGCGUCUGCCGCGGCACCUCGUCGUCCAAGCGGCUCCUGCGGUCAACCUCGGCGCUCUUCAAGUUUCGCGACGGAAGCAGCGACGAAGUCGAUUUGAACAUCAAGGCCCAGAUCCGCCACCGCUUUGUCGAGUGGCCUGCCGCACGCACCAACGUGACGGUCGUCGGCGGGCGCCGCGUCCCCUUUACGCCCGAAGACCUCUACCACGCCAAGAUGGAAUUGCACCAGCGCAGCGUGCUCUGCGCCGUGCCCGAAGACGACCACGUGCGGUGCGAGUACUGCGAGGAGCCCAUUCAAUUCACAAAGGCCGCAGCGGUUGUGUGGAUCGCACUGACACAGGUACAGCGCCCGCUGCCGUUGGACGACGAGCGCUGCAUGGCAUAG